AGCUCUGAAAGGGGCGGGGGGGGGAGAAAGAAUCUCUGUGGCUGUCGUCGCGCGGGCUAGAGCGGCUGAACGCCGAGGUCCUUCCCCCUUGGCUGGUCCGCCGCUCUAGGAGUCCGACUUUGUGGUAGUGGAGGACUGCGGCAAGGGAAGCGUAGGCUCGCAGGAGACGUGCUAUUAUUGUGGUUGUUAUUGUUGCACUUUGUAGCCUGGCAAAUCUCUAAGGGCUCUGGCAGCUUACCAGAAGGACACGCAGGGACAAUAGACCAAGUGUGCAAAGGAAAGGUCUGCUGCACACUAAUUAAAAAGGUCUCCAGGCGAAAUAAAAUGGAGCAUAAAAACUUUAAAUCAACUAAAGCCAAACUGACUCUAAACUAAGAUGGAACCAGGGCUUAAAGGCCUUUUGAACAGCUCCCAGAAGGCAUUUGAAAUAGGAGUCAACUGGGAAGCCAUUCCAACAUUACAUCAUAAUUUUGGGUAAAACUGUAGGAAGUUAGCACCCACCCCUUUCCUAGAAGAAUGAAAUAUUUUAGGAAGUAUUAAAAAGGCAGAUUAUUAUGUUUCCCUGGAUGAGAAAUGGAGAAUCAUGUUUUAAAGAUGAAGCAGCUCCCAUCUUCUUGCCCCCCCCACCCUUUGUCAAUGGGCCAGAGGCAGAAACUCAAUCUUUGUCAAUGGACCAUCAUCUGCAACACAAUAGGACCCAUCUGGCAACAGAAACUAACACAAUAGGACCCAUCUAGCAACAGAAACUCACCACAUGGCACCUGGGAAGAUUACAUCAGCCAGCAAGGCUAGCUAAGACCCCCACCCCCUGGGAGUCUGACAACCAAUCAGAGUACUCUUUCUGGGCCCCCGGAAGUUCAAAGCCAGAGAGGACAUAAAACUCCGGGACUCGCUGCAUCUCGCCCCACUUUUCUGUUCAGGAACUCAAACCAUGUGAUCCUGUCCACCAUUAAACCAUCUUUCCAAGCGGUCUCCAUGUUUCCAGUGUCUUUUUCCCCACUUGGAACUGAACCGAGAAGGAUAAUUCUUCUUACAGUAGCUAAAAAGUUCUCAUUUGGUGUAACAACGUUCCUUCUCACUAGAUCACAAGAGCUAAGCCACACUGGCUCAGUUCACAGUCUGGGCAAAAGAGAAGGUGAUUAACGUGAAGCUUGGUGGAUUCAUUCAGAUCCUACAGACUGGAUGCUAAAUUAAUUCUUUUCUGUGUUUAAAGAUGCUGAACUGUACUUGAAUGAAAUGGCCUUUGUUUUGCGUAAGUUUAACUAAACUUAGCACAUGGUGCAAACACAGCUACUAAACCUUCAAACGAUUGAAUGUGUCAUGUGAAUGAAGCUGUGCGACUCAACCUAGCAUGGUUUGUUUUACGAUUUAAUAUCGCUGUGACUCCAAACCACUAGCAUUUGCGAUUCAGCUGAUCAUUGUGCAAACAUCGUCCUUUACAGUGAUUUUGGAUUACUUUUGCUUCUAAUGAAUGAGCUGCUGCUAUCAAUCCACCCAUCUUCGCACCUUAAGGAGCGGCCAGCAGAGUUUACUUUUCUCCUUUUGGCGCUUUUCCUGUUCUCCUUACCUGGCAGGUGACAACGUUUCAAACCUAUCAGUUUCCCGAACAAUGGAAAGCGAGUAAGAGCCAAGAUUAGUUGCCACCACAGUUCCCAUAGCAGCAACUGCCCUACUCUUCCUCUUGGCCUGGGGAAAGCUAGUGCCUACAGAAGCCAGGUUGAUCAAGUGGGGAGAUUCUUGUUCGCUCCCCAUUUAUUCUGAGAUCGCCACUAGGCAGCCCUGAUUAUUGGGAGGUUCUUCAGACUGGAUUCACAAACCUCCGUCAGCCAGAAUUCCAGAUUGGAUCAUCACGUUGAUUCGGCCACAGUGCUCAGGAAAAAGAAGUUUUCCUGGGAUUCUCAACUCCUUCAAUGUUACUCCGAAAGUGGACUGGAUUUCGGAGUUUGCCUUCCCGAUACGGAGGCAUCGAUGGAGGUUUCCAACGCAGCUCUGUGGAGGCGGGAAGCUCAAGGCUCCCCAGCCAAGAGUCGGAAAAUACCAGCGGGAACCCCGUGUCCUUCUCUCAGUCACUUUUGGCCGCAGAAAAGAUCCUUCCUUCAAAGACAGUUGCUUUUCCAUCACAGCUAAAGAGCAAUGGGGUAACAGCAGCCCUGGAGCUCAGAAGCCCAGGAGGAACCAGCAUGAAGUUCCUACAUCCUGGAUCUCUCAGAGCCGUGCCUGUGGGGUCCCAGCCUGGUUCUCAAGCCAACAACGACAGAAUAGAUGUUCCAAGGCGGGUGGAGUACCCCAUACAGCCUCCCGGUUCAAAUCUUAGGAGGAGGAAUUCCUUAUCCCACCUUCCAAACUACAAUACAAAGGAUUUUUAUUCCGACCAGGCAUUGGCUAGAAAAAGGUGGAGCGGCUCGCAGACGGAUCUACAGGCAAACUUUUUGGAAGAGACACCAAGGAACGUGAAGCUUAGAGACGUGGGUGACUCCCUGGCAGGACAACCUAAAGAGUUUGGAGCCCGGAACCUCGAGUUGGAAGUUGACAUGAUGGAAUUUGAGCUCUGUUCCCUAAAACAGAAGCAGAUGGAGAGUUCCUAUGCCUACUUGGAAAAGGAAAGAAAGUGGUUGGAAGUGAUUCGUUCGGAAGGCAGGACACGAAAAGGGGAACUGGAUGAUAAGAUCUUCAAGAUAGAAAUGGAGCUGGCCAAGACGAGGUCUUACUUUGGUAAAAGAGAUCACCACUUGCUUCCCCAGGGUUUCGGUCAGAGCGAACAUGUGACCCAGGAAACGUUGGACGUCGGCCAGGAGCUGAGGAACCUUCAAGAAAGCCUCUCUGCUUUGAAGAACUGCAUCAAGACCUUGGAAGAAAAACGAAAUGAAAUGGUCCAGCAGCUGAAAUGCGUCAAGGAGGGAGAGCAGAGCUCAGCCAGCCACCCAACAGCCACAGCGUCACUGGAAACCAAGCGAGAAAGACGCCAACUCCAAGCUGCUUACAAGAACAUCAAACAGAAGAACGUGGCUUUGCUUCAGCAAGUCCAGCAUCUCAGUUUGGAGUUGAAGCAUGCCCAGAAAAAUCAAGAAGAAUCCGGGGACCAGAUCUCGGCUCUCAAAUCAGAACUUGCAAGUAAUAAGAAUCAGGCCAAUCAACAGGAAGAAGAGAAAGUCCUCAUGAAGGAGGAGAUGGAAUCGGUCAGACAGUCGAACGAAGAGCUUUCUUCUACAGCAGCUGAGAGCUGCCAAAGGCUGGAAGCUCUUUUAGAAAAGCUGCAUCUUCUGGAGGAGGAGAAGAAGUCCCAGGCGAACCACAUCCAGGCUCUGGAGGACGAACGGACCCGGUUGCUGGAAGAGAAGGAGCAACACCUUCUCGAAAGAAUGGUGGAGCAGCAGGGCCAGGAAGAGAGCAGGAAAGCUCUGCAGGCAAGCUGUGAAAAUCUCAGGGAAUCUCAGAUCCAGUUGCAGAAGGAGAAGGAUCUUCUACAGGUUCACUGCCAGGACCUUGAAAGACAAGUAGAAGAGUUGGGCAAGCAACUGGACGAGGAACAGUCCAUCUCCCAAGAGUGGAGAAACCGAUGGAAGGAAGUAGAUGCCGCUUUGAAGACCAAAGGAGAAGAGCUGGAGAAAAUGAGGGCCCAGAACCAGGCCCUCCAAGCCAAGAACGCAGAAUGGAGUUUGGAGAAGCAGAGGCUGCAGCAACUGGUCCGUGUUUCGGAGGAGCAGCUGGCUGAAAAGGACCAAGCCUUGAGAGACCUCAGGCAGACCAGAGAUGUGGAGAGAGCUGCGUUGGAGACGAGAACUUCACCAGAACCGAAGAUAACAAGAGAAGGUCCGGGGACAUCUUAUGAGGGGCGUCCUGGUGGCUUGGAGGCAAAGAUUGUUGGGAAUCAGCUGGAAGAUCUCAGGCUACAACAUCAUUCAGUGACUGAGCAGCUGAAGGAACUGUUCAGACAGAGGCAACAGCCGGAAGCAGGAGCCAGGAAACAUCAGGAUGGGGGACUCAAGGAAAAGAACUCAACAGCACCUCAGAAUGUUCCGCGAGCACUGACCACUUCACAGGAAUCCCUCGGAUUUUCAUCGGAGGAAAGCCGUUUGGAAUCUGGAGACGCAUCCAAAAGGGGGGAAGAAGAGCAGAGCCUUCGGCAGCAGCUGGAAGCAAAAAACGAUGUGAUUUCCGCCAUGGCCUGUGAAAUUCAAACUUUGAAAGAGAAAAAUGAGAACUUAAUGCAAGCCAAACUGAGAUUCCAGGAACAGAUUCAGCACAUCCGCCAGCUUUCGAAGCGAAAAGAGUCGGAAAAGAGUCACCAGGAGCUGCAGGUUCCAAGAUUUCCCACCGGCCCUGGAGAUGACGCGCGAAAGGAUCGUUGCCAUGAGAUUCCGGAGGUUUCCUCGCGGAAGGAUGAAGCUCCAUCCUCUUCCCAUCACGUAGAGAUACCGGAACAGCUUCAAGCCUGCCCUGAGGAGGAGCAAAAGGACACCUCUUCGAACAUCAGGAUGGCGCGAAGGGGCCCCUUGCUUCUCCCUCCCGACGCAUCUCUUCAACCACCCGGGACCCUCUCCGAUACAUCUUCAGCCUCCGACAAACUUUUCUUAGCCCCCCUGGCUCUCCUAAAGCAUGUCGAGGAGGAAGGAGCAUUACUCAGACCCCACAGCCCAGGGCUCUUGUCCCCCAAGCCUUUUGGGCCCCCGAGACCAUGGUCCCCUUUCCGAGAGAGGGCUGAAUCGCCAGAGAACAGAAGAGAAGUGUAGGAAACCAGGGUGAGCUCCUGGGACAGAAGAAACAUCAGGAAGAGGGGAGGGGGGAGGAAAUCUGACCUGGGGAAGGAAAUCUCUGUGUUUGCACUGAGAUUUUUUUUUUUUCCUCCUCCUGCUGCUAAUGAGGUUUCUUCUCUUUCUAAAAUGUAUUAUGGUAUUAAAAAAAAAAACUGGAUUG